GGAGCCGAUGCCCGGGAGGCGAAAGAGGGGGCAGGAGAGAGGUCAACCCCUAAACCGAGGCUAGGCUCAGUGGGCCCGGGUGGCUCUCCGCACGUCCCCGCCCCCGUGUGGCUCCCGCGACCCCUGGCAUCUGGAGUUUGGGUUUUUUUUUUUUGACCGCCAGCUGUAGGUUUCCAGGGCCAGCCGUCAAUCCUCCAGCCCCAGAGAGAGCUCCAGCGCUUUUCGUCGUUAUUGCGGCUCUGAGGCUUGGUGGAUUCGGUGUUUGGCAUGCCAAAGGCACCUGUCAUUUGAUUCAGGCAUCAUCAUCAUCAUCAUCAUCAUCAUCAUUGGGAGGUUUAGGGAGCAAGUGCUGCCAUGCUCAAAGCCGUGAUCCUGAUUGGAGGCCCCCAGAAGGGGACUCGCUUCAGGCCAUUGUCUUUUGAGGUGCCCAAACCCCUGUUUCCAGUGGCGGGGGUCCCUAUGAUCCAGCACCACAUUGAAGCCUGUGCCCAGGUGCCCGGGAUGCAGGAGAUCCUGCUCAUCGGCUUCUACCAGCCGGACGAGGCCCUCACCCGCUUCCUGGAAGGCGCCCAGCAGGAGUUCAACCUUCCCAUCAGGUACCUGCAGGAAUUCGCUCCCCUGGGCACCGGCGGGGGGCUCUACCACUUCCGGGACCAGAUCCUGGCAGGCAGCCCCGAGGCCUUCUUCGUGCUCAACGCGGAUGUCUGCUCUGACUUCCCGCUGACCGCCAUGCUGGCCGCCCACAGGCGCCAGCCGCGCCCCUUCCUGCUCCUGGGCACCACGGCCAACAGGACGCAGUCCCUCAACUACGGCUGCAUCGUGGAGAACCCGCAGACACACGAGGUCCUGCACUACGUGGAGAAGCCCAGUACAUUUGUGAGCGACAUCAUCAACUGUGGCAUCUACCUGUUCUCCCCCGAAGCCCUGAAGCCCCUCCGUGAGGUCUUCCAGCGCAACCAGCAGGACGGGCACCUCUGCCUCUCUCCGGGGGAUGGCACGUCGGGCCUGUGGCCGGGGGCAGGCACCAUCCGCCUGGAGCAGGACGUGUUCUCGGUGCUGGCCGGACAGGGCCAGAUCUACGUGCACCUCACUGACGGGGUCUGGAGCCAGAUCAAGUCUGCUGGCUCAGCCCUCUACGCCUCCCGCCUCUACCUGAGCCAGUACCAGCUCACCCACCCUGAACGCCUCGCCAAACAUAGCCCGGGGGGUCCAUGGAUUCGAGGAAACGUCUAUAUCCACCCGACGGCUAAGGUGGCCCCCUCGGCUGUGCUGGGCCCCAACGUCUCCAUCGGGGAGGGCGUGGUGGUGGGCGAGGGCGUGCGGUUGCGCGAGACCAUCGUGCUCCAUGGCGCCGUGCUGCAGGAGCACACGUGUGUCCUGCACAGCAUCGUGGGCUGGGGGAGCACGGUGGGGCGCUGGGCCCGCGUGGAGGGGACCCCCAAUGACCCCAACCCCAACGACCCCCGAGCCCACAUGGACAGCGAGAGCCUCUUCAAGGACGGGAAGCUGCUGCCGGCCAUCACCAUCCUGGGCUGCCGCGUCCGGAUCCCCGCGGAGGUGCUCAUCCUGAACUCCAUUGUUCUGCCACACAAGGAACUGAGCCGGAGCUUCACCAACCAGAUCAUCCUCUGAGGGGGGCCGCAUUCCAGGCCUCCCAACUCCUCCCGGCCGGCUGGCCGAGCCCGCCCGUGCCUGCCCAUGCCCCGGCUUCGGUCCAGAAAGGCCUGAGGAGAGGGGCAGGGAGGGGCCGGCAGGACCUUCACCCGCUGGGAGCAAUGUGGGUGGCCCCUGGAGGGUCAUG